GCAGCACUAGAUUGACGUCACUUGUCAGCCUGGGCCGGCUAGCUGACAUCCUCGUUCAAGGGAAGGACAUGCUAUUGAGCUAAAGUUUCCGAUGUACAGUUAUACACGCGUCGUGGCUUAUUAAAAGCAUAAUUACAAGUAUAUUGAUACCUUUGUGUACCACGACAGUGGUCCUUCCGUUUCGACAUCUUAAAAAAGACGGUGGCUAGCACACCGGCUAGCUUGUGACUUACUGUGUCUGUUAAAGGUAACGUUAGCCUUUUUAAACAUUAAGCUUCCGCAUGGCGUUAAUCCUGUUUACGAGGUCUCGGGCACCUUUAAUGAAAACGUCCAGGUCGUUAAAGAACGAAUUCAGAAAAGGGAAACUACAAGAUGGUUCCUGUUUGAACUGCACAGCACUCAGACUCUCCAGUCAAAAACUUGAUGGGCUCCGACUUGGCAGUUUGUCCCGGGUCUCUUCAUCCAGUCCUUCCUUCCCCUUCUCAGAUGGCUAUGUGGGCCCCUGCCAGAGCCCUGACUCACAGCAGCUCUACUGUGCUUUUGUGUUGGGGGCCUCCUCUUCAUUGUACCCUGCAAUCACUACUGGGGCUCAGUGGACGAUAGCGCGACCACAGGACAUCCCCGGUGUUCGGUGGAUACACACCUCCAGUAGGAGAUGGGACGACUCCAAGGUGGAGAAGUCACUGCGUUCAUUAAAGGACAAGAAGAAGAAGCUGGAGGAAGGGGGCCCGGUGUACAGCCCCACGCUGGACGCAGAGCCUGUGAGAAGGACGCUCCGACAGCGGGUCAUAGAUGAAAUAAAACACUACUACCACGGCUUCAAGCUGCUGUGGAUUGAUACCACCAUUGCUGGCCGGAUGCUGUGGAGGGUGCUGAAUGGACACGCCUUGUCCCGCCGCGAGAGGAGACAGUUCCUCAGAACCUGUGCUGACGUCUUCAGACUUCUGCCCUUCCUGGUGUUCAUCAUCGUCCCCUUCAUGGAGUUCCUGCUUCCUGUAGCUCUGAAACUCUUCCCCAACAUGCUGCCAUCCACCUUCGAGACACAAUCAAAGAAGGAGGAGAGGUUAAAAAAGGAGCUGAGGGUCAAACUGGAGAUGGCCAAGUUCUUGCAGGACACCAUCGAGGAGAUCGCUCUGCGGAACAAGGCGGCUCUGGGAAACGUGACGGAGGAGUUCUCCACCUUCUUCCAGAAGAUCCGGGACUCUGGUGAACGUCCCAGUAAUGAGCAGAUCAUAAAAUUCUCCAAACUGUUUGAGGAUGAGCUGACUCUGGACAACCUGACCCGACCUCAGCUGGUGGCUCUCUGCCGCCUCCUGGAGCUCCAGUCCAUCGGGACCAACAACUUCCUCCGCUUCCAGCUCAUCAUGAAGCUGAGGUCCAUCCGUGCAGAUGACAAGCUGAUAGCGGAAGAAGGGGUGGAGAGUCUGAACGUGAACGAGGUGCAGGCGGCCUGUCGCGUCAGAGGGAUGAGAUCUCUCGGAGUCACGGAGGAACGACUGCGGGAGCAGCUCGGCCAGUGGCUGGAGCUGCAUCUGAACCAGCAGAUCCCCACAUCCCUGCUGCUGCUGUCUCGAGCCAUGUACCUCCCCGACACGCUUUCGCCCGCCGACCAGCUGAAGACGACGCUGCAGACGCUGCCUGAGAUGGUGACAAAGGAGGCGCAGCUGAUGGUGGCAGAGCUGGAGCUGUCCAAAGUGGACAAUAAGACCAAGCUGGAGACCACGCUACAGGAGGAGGCAGCCAUACGCCAGGAUAACAAGGACAGGGAGAUGGAGAGGCUGGCGGAUGCUGCAGAGAAGGCUGCCAGGGAGGGUGAGUUGGAGCUUGAAGCCGAACGGGCUAAAGCUGACAUUGCUGCUCGUUCAGAGACUCUGCGGGAUACUGCACCUGUCAUAGAAGGCUUGAAGUUUGGACAGUGGCAGACAUUCCUGCGUUUCCAGGAUGAGGAGAUCACCAAGGAGGAGAUUGACCUGUUGAGUGAUGCAUGCUCGAAGCUGAAGGAGCAGAAGAAGCUGCUGACUCUGGAGAAAGAAGAACUCGAGGAACUGAAGGAUGACGUCCAGGAAUACAACGAGGAUCUGGAAGAGAUAAAGAAGGAACUUUCUGAAAGCGGCCAAGAGAGGGCGUUAGAGGAGUCCAAGGCGAGCCAGCGGCUGUCAAAGAGAGUCAACCGUAUGAUCGGUCGCAUCGACAAGAUCAUCCUGGAGCUGGAGAAGGACAAGGUCAUCCUGGACGGACAGAUGGACAGUGGGUCCACCCCACCUGUCGGAUUAUUCUUUACUAAAAACAGCGACGCCACAAGUCUGUUCUACACCUUCAGGGAGAACCUCAUCAGCAUCGAUGAGCUCAUCGUCGUCAUGCGGCAGAUCCAGAACAUUCCAGAGCACAAGCUGCAGAGCAUCGUGGAGGCUCUCGACGACAACAAGGACGGGAAGAUCGACAUCGACGACGUCAUCAAAGUGGUGGAGCUGAUCGACAAGGAGGACGUGGACAUCUCUACCUCUCAGGUGGCUGACAUCAUGGCGAUGCUGCAGAAGGAGGAGAAGCUGAUGGAGAAGGAAAAGGCCAAAGAGAAGGCUGAAAAGGAAAAGGCAGCCACACUCAACAGCUAACUCAAUUUGUGUAAAGACACUUAACACUUGUAAAAAACAAAACAAAAAACAAACAAAACCACUGAGCAGUUUGGUAACCAGAGGGACAUUCACAAGGUGACAGCCGUCUUCUCAGAAGGUCAUUUCACCACAAGUUGAGUUCUUAAAAUGUAGUUUAAAAAACAAAAAGGCACAUUGCCUUUAAAUGCACACAAUCAAAAAAGAAACUUAAAUUGCUGUUGGACUGAUCGUGUAUUAUAUGUUAAUAUUUGGUUUUGUGUCAUUUUACUCAAUAAUUUAUUAAUAGAGGGAACACAACAACAUGAAACCAACUUGAGACUUGACAAAGGACAUAACUGAUCCAAGAGUUGAUCAGGUUUGGAAAAUAUAUUUCAUUUCAUUUCAUUCAUGUCAUCAUGUCAGAGAAAUGAGAGAUCAUUUCUGGACUUUGCACAGUGAAAAUUCAUCGUCAUCACCGUCAUUUGUUUUGCUCAUCUCACUCCCGUGUUGUUUAGUUAUCUCUUCUGACUUGUACUUGGACAGGGUAGCUCAUUGCCAGCUAUGAGUUGUUUCAGUGGUGGCUGCAACCCAGUAUGUAUUUACACGCAGCAUAAAGCUUCAUUAAAUUUAAUUAAGUUUAAUUAAAUCAUGUGUACAAGGUUAGAGAGUUGAACUGAAAUGCUGUACGUUAAUUCUACCAAAAAUCACAGCAUUACUUUGAUCAUUCCCAGUAAAGCUGAAGCAAAUAGACGAUUCGUGAUGGACAAGUGUUGGAUGUUUGUCCAGAAAGACUGAAGCUAACAACAUUUACAGUAAUGUUAAAAGCAACUCUGCUGUAAUUCCUUUUGAUUUUGUACUACACUGAUUUUUGUCUUUUGUCUCAUUUAGUCACAACUCUUCUGUCCCUGUUGUGUUUUGUAGAUCUUUGUAAAAUGCCAAAAAUUGCACUGUGGCACAUUUAAUAACCGAUAGGCCUGUCACAAUAACUACUUGUGUUAAAAGAAAUUUUGCCCCAGAAAUAUUUAUGAUAAAUUCUAUCUAAAGUCCAUUUUAUGCCACUGACAUGACGUGAUAAUAGAAGUGCACCCUUUCAAAGAGCACUGAACUUUUUAAUACUGUUCAGACAAAAAUCUUAAAGUAUCUGCAACACAUCUGAUUAUUCCUGAAUAUCAGCAAACCAACCGGCUCGGACCGACGGGUCCUCAUGAGCAGUGAGGAUGAUGAUGGGUGUAGGGACACUGAAGCAGUACAUGAAGUCAGCGUCGGUCUGUUGUUCCCGUGAUGGCUGGUAGAGUUCGGUUUCUGUCACGUCAGAGGAUGGAAGUGGCUCCUUGUGAAUGUGUGAAUUUUGUGCACAAGAGCAGUUUGCUGACCGUGGUAAUCCGGAGCUCUGUAGUUUAAAUGCAAAGUGGCCUUCUCUCGACACUCCCGCUGUCACAGAUGGUUCGCUGUUGCGUAUGGACUUUCAGAAGAUGGUUGAGCUCUGAUGUUCCCCCUGAAGAUUUGCUACCUGAAGUCUGGUUGGCUGCAGCUGUCGAUAGUUUGAGGCACAAGUUGUCAGUUUUGCUUCAUUUGCACUGCGGCGAUAAAAUGUGUGGGGUUGUAAACAAGGAUGGAGGGCAAACUACUGACUACCUGUUGUGUUCAACACAAGGCCGUUCUGUGUUUUUUUGGUACGAUGACAAACUAUUCCAAUUAUGACUGCAACUAAUGAUUGUUUUGAUUAUAUUUGCUCUGUAUUAGGAGUCAUUUUCAAAUGAUUUUGUCUGACUAGCACCUAUUAUCUCUGGUUUUCAUUGACAAUUUUUAGAGGUUGGAACCAGCUGAUGUUGAGCAUUUUUGCUAAAUAAAUGUUGAAAUAGCCUGAUAAUCAAACUUAGGGAUGUUUUUAUUUGGUCGUCCACACAUGGGCGCGUUUGGCUCGGCUCUUACAGACUGUAAAAUGCUGAUCCACUUUUCCCGCUGAACUGAACUGAAUAUUGGGUAGUUUGUCAGCAGGCGGGGAGCAGCUCAGGUGUGAACGUGGAUGUGAAAGUGGCACUUGAGAUAACGCAGAGUGGACGACGCUCUGUUUAAUCCCGUCCCGGAAUCCGCUGUCAGCUCAUUCGUCUGUCCCAGUUCAGACCCAGCGCUGCCUGACGGGGCGAGGGCUCUGCUUCGCCUGGGAGCAGUCAGGCUGAUGGGCGCUGGGUAAACACUCGCCCCAUACAUGGGCCAGAGCCAGCUCCACUGGUGGAGUGUGUUUAGGUUGGAGACGAUCUGGCGGGACAUGGCAUGCUCUCUGCCGCAUAAAUCAGCAGUCGGUGUAAACAUGUCACGGGAACGUUGUGACAACGUCUCGAUUACACUUGGCGGGAGAGCGCAGUGUUUGUGUCCCUGCGCCUGACAGACCGGGCUCAGGGCAGCGUUGUGUACAUUAGCAGCUCUGCCACUGUUUCUGGGCAUGGAGGGGUCAAAGGUCAGAGCGGGGGCAGAUGUGUGACAGUGACACACGCCAGGGUAUGGAAGCCUGAUGGAGAUUCAAUAUUUAGGUCUGAAAAGGUUUGGGAUGAGCAGUGUUUGAAUUUAAAGGCCGCUCAGAUGCGCAGGUGCUCAGUUCUGCUUUGUACCUGGACAUUGUGGAUAAAGUAACUGUUUCCAUGAUGUUUCUGUACCGUUCUGAUAAUAUUCUCCACAUGGUUAGAAACUACUGCCCAGUGUUUUUAUUAACUUCUCAGAGGAGCUUCAGCUCAGUUUAGUGGAGCUGAAAUGACUCAUCGAUUGGUAAAUUGGACUUUAAAUUAAGAAAUUCACUAUUUUGCCACAGAGAGCAGAGCAUCGUUACAAGACAAGCUGAUGAUGAAAAUAUUGGCUGCAGUCGGACGUUUUGGACUUGAACAUGUGGCCUCUUGGUUUUUCCUUUUUUCUCUUAUUAAAUGCAGUGCUGUGUUUGAUCCAGACGCUCAGAAGUGAAGAGAUCUGGAAAAUCUAAAACAAAAAACCAAAAAACAUGCUGUUGUUGUUGUUGUCCGAGCUCUGAGUAGGGCUGCACUUGUUAUUUUGAGUCCUCAUUAUUUUUCAUAUUCAUCUGACAGUAGUUUUGUUGUGGAAGUGCCGUCACAAGCUGACGUCUCUACAGUGUUUGUUUAGAGAAAUUAAGUUCUAAUUACAUGAAACAGAAAACAGCAGCAAAACCUGAUUUAUUAAAUUUCUGUUGAUUGAUUAAGCGACUAACCGUUUACGCUCAUGACAUCUUCAGACUGCUGGUUUAGUCCGACAAAGCGAAUUCUCUCCCAUAAGGAGCACACACACGUCUUCAUAAAGUACUCUGAUAAUGUACUGAUUAUUGGAGUAUUUGUAUUCUGUAGGCCUUCACUACAGAAGUCAUAGUGAGGAAUAUAUUUCAGCCGUACAGUCAGUGAUAUUUCCCACAUGCUACCGGGAUGUGAGUGUGAUUUUAUGAAAGCCUGUCAAACCUUCAGAUUCGUUUAAGAAAUUUUGGAAAACAUAAUGAAAUCUGGAAAUGGAGAACAUUCAGGAUGUGAAUAUCGGCAGAAUCAGCUCCACGGGGCUGCGUUCGCGGCUCGCCGCCGGCAGAGGUGUUGCACUGUGUUGUUUAAGAUGCUCAGAGUCUACCUGAUUGAACAGGAAGGCAGAGGUGUGUUUAGACAGCGGGCUCGAAUCAGUCGUUUUCUGCCUUGUUUUUUCCCUUUCGUGGCUUUCGUUUGAUGCUUUAGAGCAGUCAGAAGGAGUUGACGUUUAGCUUUGCCACUGUGUAAAUGCACUAUUCAUGUGUGAAUGUUCGGCGUCACGUGGUCGGAGCAGCUGAAGCUGCCGCGUUGCCACCUGCGAUAUAAACCGUCCUGGAAGUUUCCCGCGGAGUUCGAGGAGACGAGGCGAAGCUGCCGUGUGCUAGAAGAACAAAUAUUUCAAGCAAUAAGCAACUUAUGCAUCGUGUAACUUCUUUCGAAUUUUAUUUUACUCCAUUUUUGAGGCGGCACAAGUGUGUUUGACCUGUUAAAAUCAUACUGUGGUGUCCGAGUUUAGAAGAAAAUGACACAGUAGUUAAAAAGCAGAGACAGAAAUGUGUGAGGUCUGCUUCUCUUCUUGAUAUAUUCGGCUCGUUGGGGAGUUGAUGCACUUGUAGUUGAGUAGAGUCGUACCCACACUUUUUUUACUUUGCACCAGCCCUUUUUUAAUCACUAAAAGAAUGCUACUUUUUGUAGAAUAUAUAAGAAUACAUGAGGUUGAGGUAAAGCAAACUGGCAGCAGGAUCUGCAGUGUUUAAAGGUCUGCAGACCUGCAGGAGGAGCAGCUCAGACGGCUCUCAGGUUCACCCGCGGAGGCAGAAAACUGCAGCCGCCAUCUUUCUACACUGGAAUCUUGUGCUUCAGACAGAAAGCAAAGUGGAUUUUCUCAUCAGUCUCUGAGAUUCAUGAAACCCUGAGCGAGAAUGUUUCUCUCAGGCGGAAAGACGGGAUUUGAUGCUGCGCUUCGCUUUCUCCCGUCUGAAUUUUCAGAUUUAAAACAAAAAAUAGGAAUCCAGUGUUGAUCUUCUGAGGUUUUUAACAGAAAAAAGCAAACAGGAAACAAAUCUGUUUUGUUUUCUGAGGCAACAUGUUGCAGUGUGAUCUCUGAACUGGUUAAAUUAAGGCUUUGCACUCAUGUUUGGAAUGAAAAAAAAAUUAGUCUAAAAUAUA